UGUUUGACUGAAACUUAACAAACAAACGAAUAAAUAAGUAUAUAAAUAAACGCAGAAGUGCCAUGGAAGUGCAAGGAGCCAAAUUCCAGAAAAUAACAAUACAAUUUUCUUUCUUUCUUCCAUAUCUCUGCCUGCAAAAGAUAAGCUUGCUGCAACACAAGAUAAAUAUGGAAGUCAAAUUUGCAAUCAAGAACAAUGUCACCGAACUGGUUGGAAACACCCCGUUGGUAUAUCUCAACAAUGUCGUGGAUGGUUGUGUAGCACGAAUCGCUGCCAAGCUAGAGUCAAUGGAGCCCUGCUCAAGUGUAAAAGACAGGAUUGCAUAUAGUAUGAUCAAGGACGCGGAGGAUAAGGGUCUAAUUACGCCAGGGAAGACUGUUCUCAUUGAGGCCACGAGUGGCAACACCGGCAUUGGAUUGGCAUUCAUUGCAGCAAGCAGGGGCUACAAGGUUAAGCUGACCAUGCCAUCUUCAAUGAGUAUUGAGAGAAGAAUUGUGCUCCUAGCUUUUGGGGCUGAGGUGUACCUCACAGAUCCUGCCAAGGGUAUUAAGGGAGCUUUUGAUAAAGCCGAGGAGUUAUUGAGUAACACGCCUGAUGGUUAUAUACUUGGCCAAUUUGAAAAUCCUGCCAAUCCAAAGAUUCAUUAUGAAACCACUGGCCCGGAGAUAUGGAGAGACACAGGAGGGAAGGUUGAUGCCCUCGUUUCGGGAAUAGGGACUGGGGGUACAGUUGCCGGUGCAGGGACAUUCCUUAAAGAGCAGAAUCCAGAGAUUAAGGUGUACGGUGUAGAACCAGCCGAAAGCCCAGUCUUGAACGGUGGCCAAGCUGGGAAGCAUCUGAUCCAAGGAAUCGGUGCUGGUAUCAUACCUGCAGUUCUGGACGUUAGCGUGCUCGAUGAAGUUAUUCAAGUAACGAGUGAGGAAGCAAUUGACACCGCGAAGCAGCUUGCUCUGAAAGAAGGUCUUCUGGUGGGGAUUUCAUCUGGUGCUGCGGCCACUGCUGCAAUAAAGUUGGCUAAGAGGCCGGAAUAUGCUGGAAAACUCAUUGUUGCUGUGUUCCCCAGUUUUGGAGAGCGUUAUCUGUCUUCUGCACUCUUUGAUUCCGUUAGGCAUGAGGCGGAAAACUUGAGUAUUUGCUGAAAGUGUUGCUGAAUCGGCCUUUUCUUAGUUUCCUAGCUCCUUCAAAUAACACGAAAACUUUGCUCCAGUUUGUACUGAAAAUAUUUAUGGGACCUUGUAUAUGAUUAUUACGACCUUUUACCGAUGAACUAAUAAAUUCUGGUUGAUGACUAUCUUCUUGAUAGCAUCAGUAGA